GAUAAAAAGUAAAUUAAAAAUGCCAAAAACUAAAGCAGCUAAGAAAGACCACUACACCUACUCAGACUUGAAGGACAUCAACAAGGAGAGUGAAGACGAUCACUACCACUUCUACGGGGUCGUGAUCGAUGCAUCGUUCCCAUAUCAAUCAGAGAAGAGAUAUGUAGUCACCUGCAAGGUUGCUGACCCAAGCUCAGUCACUAAAGGAGGAAAACUGAACGUUGUAAACGUUGUUUUCUUCUCAAAAUCCUUUGAAGACCUUCCAAUCAUCCAAAGAGUUGGAGAUAUUAUCAGAGUUCACAGAGCUAAGUUCCAACAUUAUAAUGACUCCAAACAAUUGAACGUGAACAUGUACUACAGGUCAUCUUGGUGCCUGUUCAUUGGAAAUGAUAACCAAGCCCCACUCGAACCAAAGGUAGAGAACGAGGAUGGUACUUCCAACUACUUCAGCUAUACUCCAUACAACUUCAGUGGAAAGAGUUUCACCCAAGAAGGACACGAACAAAAAAUCCUGAGCAACUUGAAGAAGUGGUCUAAAGAGUAUUUCUCAAAGAACUUCGUUGUCCAACACGAAAUUAAGAGAGAAGAGCUUGACCAAGCUAUCAAGGACCAGAAGGAUUUCGAUCUCCUCACCAAAAUCACUGUUAUCAAGGACCAUGACCAAUAUUCGAACCUUGUGACCUUCAAUGAUACCACAGGCCAGACUUGGACUGCUAAUCUCUUCAAGAGAAAGUUCCCCCACCUGAAAGUAAACGAUGUGUUGAGAAUCAAGUCAUGCAGUGCCAAAGAGAACAACAAUCUGAUACUUUCUGCUCACUCUAACAUCCUGAAAUUCUUCAGUUUCUCGAAAAUCGAGAAACACUUGAAGAGCAAGAUCUCCUCAAACACUCACAUUAAGACAGUUGUGACUAAGCUGACCACCCCAAGCCAUAAGAAGAUGGAGGUGACUGCUCUAAAGAAGCUGUUCUUCAACCCAAAGAAGACAGAGAAGCUCUUCAGAUCCCAGUUCUGUGUCCUCAAAGUAGACAACAAGAGCAUCGAAGACUAUGUUGGAGCCUACGACGGCAAGAAAUGGCACUCAAUGAAGGGAAAGAAGAAGGCUCCUGCUGGAAGCGAGCUCAAGUGGAACAUCAAGCUCAUUGUAACCGAUUACAAGAACCAAGAUGACGAUAAGGCCUAUAUUGUCCACUUGGAUGACAACUCCUUCUUCAAAGACGUUAAGCCAGAGAAUUGGCAUAAGACAAAUGAGCACAAAAAGGCUGAAAAAGUAUUCAACCAGCUUACUAGUCACAGGGCAAACUAUGUAGAUGCUGUUUUGGAAAGAGACAAGAAGAACUACUACAUUAGACACACACAGUUCAAGUAA